AUGUUACCUUUUCGGGUAUACGCCUCAACCUCCACAGCCGCGCGGCACGCUUGCCGCAGAGCCGGGUACGACCGCAUCGGUAGGCUUUCCCUUGGCCUUGGGGCGGGCUGCAUGCUUCCUCUCUGCCUUCUUAAUGGGCCGGAAAGUCUUGCUAAGAUUUCCGUCGAGCCUAUUGGUCGCGCCCUGAGCAUCUUGUAUUCACAACCUCAGGUCCGCUUAUUUGUGCCUGCGGGUUUCAGAGAGGUGUGCGAAUUAUUCUACCGACUACGGCAUCUCCAAGACAAGCCCUCAUCCAUGGGAAUAACAGGCCCAGAUAUCAAAGCUCUCUCACGCUACUAG